AUGUCCCAGUACCCUAGAUCUUCCAUGUCAUCUUACGAUCGGUCGCCGGCACCGGCCAUGAGCUAUUCCGUCUCAUCGGAUAGCAACUGCUCGAGACACACUACCUCGAGUACGUCAUCGGCUUAUUACCACGCGGAUAGCAACGCUUCGUACUCUCAUUCGCAAACAAGUUACCAACAUCAUUAUGGCAGCUCGCCCCAAGAUAUUGAGCCUACCAGUCCCCAAGUCAAACGAUCUACCUCCCGAUCGUCAAGACAAGACUCCCAGCCAAGAUCGAGUCCGCGUUACAUCUGCGUCCAUCCGGGCUGUGAGAGCAGCUUCAGUCGCCCAGCCGAUCUGAGUCGCCACCAGGUUUCGGUGCAUUUUCGCGACGGGGUCAUGUUGGACUGCCCCAAACCCCGAUGUACUCGGAAAGGAGAUCAGGGAUUCUCAAGACAAGAUCAUCUUAUCGAGCAUUUACGCCAGUUCCAUUGCAUGAAGUUGGCGAAACGAACCUCGAAAUCUCAGCGCCGCGAGUGA